CACUGGGGAAACUCACCACCACCACCACAAGUUCCCGGGAUUCUAAGAAUGGACUCCUGCCGCUUCAGUCUUUGAUACAGAUUGUAAACUUUUGGUACUUUCAACUUCGCCUCUUUCUCGGAGUCGGAUCAGAGCCUUCGUUCUCGUUCUGACCACUCUCUUCACACCGACAGACUUGCACGCCGGUUAGUUUCCCGAUGAAAUUCCUUUUUGAGUUCGUUUCUUGCUGCGUGCCGGUGAAUAUGUCUCGCCUGGAGAAUCCGGAGGCUACGGCGGCGCCGGGCGUCGAGGAGAUGAAAUCUCUGGCUCCGAUUACCACCAGAAAACACCGGCGGAGAAAACGAGGUGCGUUGUUGCCUUCAGCGGCAAAACUAGCUGCCGAUUGGAAGCCGUCGCUAGGAGCGAUCUCGGAGGAUAAGGUAGUUCUGGUGUUGAGGGAGAGAGAGAAGAGCGAUGAUCAGACGGCGGAAUCGGAACGAUCGGUGAAGAGGAAAAGCGGAUCUCGAGACGGAGAGGCCAGAGGAGUUAACGGCCGUAGUAACAGUAACGAUUUCAGGCGAAGUCCGGCAUCGAUUCCAGUCGUGAUCCCGGCAUUUUCUCCGACUCCGUUCUUGUUCUGAUGCGAUUCCGCUUCUACUUUCUGAUCAAUCAGGCCCUUGUAAUAUAUGUUGUAUGUAUAUAUUUUGCAUAAUAAAUUAUAAUUUGAAAGUAUAAAGUUGAGGUUAAGGAAGAAAACUUCUCCAUGGAAUUGUAGCUUGUUUGGCUGUUCUCUUCAAUGGGAACUCUCUGCAAUUUAAAUGUUCCCAUUCUUACA